ACUAAAGAUGGAAAGAAAAUUAUUACCAUAUCAGAUGUUGAAACUGAUGACAGCGGUGAAUAUUCCUGUGAAGCGUUCAGCAAAGCUGGGAGUAGAUCCACUAAUGUGAUGGUAAAAAUAAUGGCAGGUCCUCUUGAGUGGUACUACAUCGGUGGACCUGUGGCUGCUGUCAUUUUACUGCUGUCUCUUAUUGCAUACAUUAAAAAACGCCGUGCGACAGAGCAAGAUGAAGUUGAGAUGGGUCAGCUGAUCGCAAACGCUAAUGGAUGGGAGAUUGCAGUUGACCGCCUGAACUUUCGUGAGCCUAUAGGCAGAGGAGCAUUUGGCUCAGUGUGGCGAGCGCUACUGGGUCGGUCCCAAGGCAGACGUGGAAAUUGUACAGUUGCUGCUAAGUGCUACCUACCAAUCUCUGGAGAGGAAGGAAGGAAGGCCCUGCUGAGAGAGAUCGAGUUAUUGAAACUCUUUGGAAGGAUGGGCCAUGAGAAUGUUGUUAAGUUCAUUGGUUGUGUUACAGUUGGAGCUCAGCCAAUACUUAUCAUGGAGUACCUGUGGCGAGGUGACUUGUUGGGUUAUCUCAGAAAAUCAAGGGGGGUUUUCGACCACUAUCAUCGUGGGGUCGGAAGGGUCGACCACUUGACAACAUAUGACAUGGUGCUCUUUGCCAAACAAAUCGCAAAUGGUAUGACUUUUCUCGCGUCUAGAGGGAUAAUUCAUCGCGAUCUUGCAGCUCGCAACAUCCUCCUCGACGAGCAUCGUGUAUGCAAGUUGACUGAUUUUGGGCUCUCUUACCAGGAUUUCAAAUACGGUACAGGAAAUGCCAAGAGGGGAUGUAUCCCAGUCAAAUGGAGUGCACCCGAGAUUCUCAUUGGCCAUGUGGAACGGCUGUCAACCAAAAGUGAUGUGUGGUCUUAUGGCAUAGUCCUGUUUGAAAUCUUCACAAUCGGAGGUAUUCCAUACGAAGGAUGGUCUGAAACCACGACCAUAAGAAAAAUCUAUCAAGGUUAUCGUUUGCCAAGGCCUGAACAUAUCGACAACAGUUUAUACGCGGUUAUGUUAAGCUGCUGGAAAUAUGAAAUCGCUGCCCGGCCACAUUUUGUGAACCUCUACAAAACAAUGGAUACCUAUCUUAAAACAAAGACAUAUGUGGAUAUCGUGGACAUGGACAAGUAUGAUCACGAUAACUACAGGUUUAUCGAUGAUCGUGGAGCUCUUGCAAUCCGAGAAGAUGCAGGACCGGAUGAACAAGGAGCAGCUACAGCAAAUCCCAAUCGUGAGUUGGGUGAACACGGUGCUACUGCACAUCCUUUUGUGGUUGCAAUAGACAAUGGCGCUACAACUCUCCCUCUCACAAUUAGCGUAGGAGACAAAGGAACAGCUGCAGCAAAUCCAGACCAGGAUUUGGGUGAACACGGUGCUACUGCGCAUUCUUUUGGGGUUGCAGUAGACGGCGGUGCAACAGGUUAUCCCUUUAGAGUUAACGUAGCAGCCGAAACAGCAGCUGCGGCAAAUACCGACCGUAAAGUGGGUGAACACGGCGUUACUGCGCAUCCGUUUGUGGCUGCGAUAGAAGAUGGUGCUAGAGCUUUCCCUCUCGGAAUCAAAGUUCACGAGAGUGAUACUUUAGCAUACCUCAGCGAGAACGAGGAGGAAGAAUUUGGUGACUCUGAGUGCCCUCUUGGGCUUGAGGAAGAAGAUAUUGACGUUCCUGAGUGCCCUCUUGAGAUUGAGGAAAAAGAUAUCGAUUUUUUGCCAUCUUCUUUGGUGAUGGACGAUAACGGUCUUGGUACUCUGGUAUGCCCCCUUGUGACUGACGAGGAAAAUCCUGAUUGUUCAGCAUGCUCUCUUGUGAUUGAGGAAAAAGAUUCCAGCAAUUAUUCAGCGUGCUCCCCUUUGAUUGGGGAAGAAGGUUUGGAAGCCACAGUAUGCCCUUCUGGAGUGACUGAAAAAGAUCCUAAUUUUGUAGCACACCGCCUUGCGAUUGAGGUGAACAAACCUGAUGCCUCACAAUUUACUCCCGUAAUCGGGGAAGAAGAUGUCGAUUCUUUCGAAUACCCUCCCAUGAUUGAAGAAGAAAGCCAUUUUGAUUCCGCUUCUCCUCCAGAUGUUGGAGAGGGUGGAACAAGCAGUCCUGAAACUAAUGCUGAUAAUCAAGAUGCUGCAGCAGUACAGUCUGUAAAGGAGGCAAGAGGUGAUGAAGAACCUAAGACUUGCCAACUUGAGAACACAGAGGAUGAACAAGACAAUAUUGGAAAAGAUAUGGAGGAUCAAGGUGAUGCUGUAGACCUUUGUGAUGAAGAGGUUGGUGUGCAAGAGAGUAAUGGUUAUCAACUAACGGCCGUGGAUAAAGACGAAACCGGAAAUGACGAGGACGAGGAGUCAUCCGAAGCAACUCCUUUUGUGCAGGACUGA